CUGUCAGGUAAAGAUGUCGUCCGCGCUCCACGUUCAGCGUCGCCGAGCAAGGAGCGAGUGUCGCCGUCUGCUGCAGCCACUGUUAGCGAGGAGUUCUGUCGGCGGAGUGGUCGCGGUGAGGAGGUUAUGACACGUGUCGCGGGAUCCUCGCACUCCAAGCACUCCUGCACGUGUCCUCACCGAAGAAAACCAGGAAGUUUCGUGGCCGAAGAAGCUUGUCUGCGGAGAAACAAACGUGUAGAUAAGAGUAACGGAGCUGUGACUAUCAGCUGGUGUCGAGGGUCGCGCGAUACGUUAUUGUUGUUGUCGGAGCGGGAGACCGACCGGCCGACCGGCCGCGGGCUAUCGAGGGUUAUCGCACUCUUGUUCCGAAGUGUGCGCGUUAUGCAUCUAUUUCGGGAGUCGAUGACCGCCAGUUUGGCACUGCGGCCGGUCUCUCUCUGUCCGGGACACUGCGCCGCACCUCCCCUCUGUCCGUCUUUACACUGUAACGUGACGUCACGAGCCGUCCCCUCUAACCCUCUCCUAUUAAUCGCUCAUGAUUCGUUGUGUAGAACAGUCCCGUCUUGA